CAGACGUGAUAUGCAGGUACACAGUAUAAGUAGCCUAUAAAAUGACUUUAAUGUUUAGAAAGAAAAAUGUUAACAAUGCAGACAUAGUAUUAAGGUCUGCUGCUCCAUAGGAUAUAUUAAUAUGUGUGUGUUGUUUCCUACAAGCUAAGGGAUGACUGACAGUUCUAUGAUUAAGACAAGUAGAACCAGACAAAAAAACAAGGAAGGCAUGAACAGUAUUCUACCCUUUUUCUACCCUUUUUCAGGGGACCUAAGGACAGCAUUUGAUAGGAUGUUUGAGUAUCAGCUUGCCCCCAUUGAUCACUAAAGGUAUGGUAAUGCACAUCAGUGAGCAGCGCCCUCCCCAGGGAAUCUGCAGGAAGCCACCACUUCUGCUGUGGAUUUUGGAUUCGCCCACAUUUUCUUUCUGGUGAGAUGGAAGACAUCUGUGUCCAGCUGGGAUCCCCCCCACAUGUGAUCUAUGGACUUUCUCCAAUCCCCAAAGGGUGGCACUGUACCCACCACAGUACUGCUAACAGAUCCAACUUGAAGGAGACUUUUUACUUCUUAGAAGACCUCUACCAGGAGAGCAUGACAGCAGCAUUGCCUUCCUGAUCUGGGGUGUGCUGCAGGAAGGCAUUCUUGCUGUGAGCUCACCAGUGUUAUAAAUAUCUCUAGCAGUGCCAGUGCUCAGGUUAGCAGUGAGCCAUGCCUACCAUCUCCACACGCAAACACCAGGCUACAGCCACCGACUGACACAUUGGCAGCUGCUGCAGGAGCCACUGGGGCAGCAAAAUGCACUUGGGAUAUUUCCUAUUGAAAGAAUGAGAUUUCCUUCACUGUGUUUUGUCACAUUAUUCUUCCUCUCCACAUCCCACCUCUGGACAGCACUGUUAGCAGCUUCCAAGCAGAAAAAAUCCAAGGUGCAGCUCCUGAAGGGCUCCAGUAAUCAUAUAACAAGUGCAGUAGCCUCCUCUGCUUCCUUACCCUCCUUGGGAUCAGAGAUCAGUGGGUCCCAGUGGAGCACAGCCGGGCGCAGGACUGGUAGCUUGUAUUGCAGAGUGGGCAUCGGAUUCCACCUUCAGAUUCACCCGGAUGGCAAAGUCAACGGCUCACACGAGGCUAAUCAUUUAAGUAUUCUGGAAAUAUUUGCUCUGUCUCAAGGGAUUGUGGGAAUAAGAGGAGUUUUCAGCAACUCUUUUCUGGCCAUGUCAAAAAAGGGAAAACUUCAUGCAACUCCUAAAUUUACAGAUGAUUGCAAAUUUAUGGAGAGGUACCAGGAAAACAGCUAUAACACUUAUGCUUCAGCUACUUACAGAACUGAAAAGACAGGCAGAAGAUGGUAUGUGGCAUUGAAUAAAAGAGGAAAAGCCAAAAAAGGUUCCAGCCCUAGAGUGAAACCACAACACAUAUCAACGCACUUCCUUCCUAGGAUCAAGCACGUAGAGCCACCAGAGUUCUCCUUCACUGUUGCACUUCCCGAAAAGAAAAAGACUCCUCACAUACCUGUCAAAUCCAAAUCUGUGGUGCCCCCUCCAAAGAAGAAAACCAGCCCUGUCAGAUAUAGGCUGAAAUUCAGAUUUGGAUAAAAUGUGAUAUUCUCAUAAUAGAGAGGAGAUAUCUUACCAACGAACACAGCACAACACAACGGUUGUGUUCUGCACUUCAUUCCUCUAAAAAAGUGAGAAGGUCCACUUACAACUGCUGAUAAUAAAGGAGGCUUUAUUAUACUGACAGGGCCGAGUAUUCGGAGGGGGGUAGAGCACUAUGGUUUUAUAAGGCUUAGGCCAGUAUAUAUUGGAUAAUUUAAGAUAAUAUUUAUCGCAACAAUGCAAAAGGAGUGCUUUGACUAUGACAGUCGUUAUAAACAGCUCCAAACAAAUGUAUUGCCAUGAGUACAAAUUUACUUUAUAUGCAGUGCACUUGAAAAUAAACAAAAACGUAAAUAUUUGGUAAAUAUAUUAUGCAAUUACUUAAUUUUUUACCUUUGUGUGUAUGUUUGUUAGAAGGUAUUAUAAUAUGUAGUUUUCCACAGGACUGCUUGUAAAUCUCAUUACUCAGAGAAUUAUAAAUUAUUGUAUCACACUAUCUAUAAAUGUAUAGAUUUAUUUUAAAGUUUGCACAUGUUCGCCAAGCAAAAUGUUAAAUUCACCUUUUCUUAUGGAGCUCUACAUGUUGUUCAGUAUUUUAGGGAUUACACCUACACCUACACACCUCCCAAAUGUUUCCACUUUUAGUUAUAUUUGUAUAAGAUCUGUCCCUGCAUCAAGUGACAUCUUAUCCCCUAUCCAAAGGAGAGAGGAUAAGAUGUCUGAUCCCAGGGGUCCCGCCGCUGGGACCUCAACAAUCUUUCUGCAGCACCCAGCAUUGUUGAGAACGCUGGGUGCGGGCAGCGGGGUCAUGGCGUCACUUCCAUGCCACUCUUGACAUCACGCCAUGCCCCUCAAUGAAA